GCACGAGUCUGAGAAUAACCACAGAGAAACCGAGUCAGAUGUUGUUCUUCGCUCCUGAGCUGGAGAAGGUGUGAGUGCGUGAGUACGAGUUUGUCUGCAGGAUUUCUAAUAUUAAAUCAAUAAAAUGCCGGUGGAUUUGGAGCAGUGGACGGGUCCUCUGUCCCUGACUGAGGUGGAGGAAAAGCCGAGGAAACCCCUGACGGUUAGAUACGGCUCUCUGGAGAUCGACGAGCUGGGGAAAGUGCUCACACCCACUCAGGUGCAGAACCAGCCCACAGCGGUCGAGUGGGAAGGAUGCGACCACAGCAAGCUGUACACUUUAGCCUUGACUGAUCCGGACGCUCCGAGCAGGAAAGACCCCAAAUUCAGAGAAUGGCAUCACUUCUUGGUGGUCAAUAUAAAAGGGAACGAUGUCUCCAGCGGGUGUGUGAUGUCUGACUACGUCGGCUCUGGUCCUCCGAAAGGAACCGGUCUCCAUCGUUACGUGUGGUUGGUGUAUGAACAGCCAGGAACGUUGAACUGCACCGAAUCCGUCCUGUCCAACCGUUGCGGCGACAACCGCGGAAAAUUCAAAAUCCAAAACUUCCGUAAGAAAUACGGCCUCGGCGCUCCAGUGGCCGGAAACUGUUACCAGGCCGAGUGGGACGAUUACGUCCCCAAACUUUACCAGCAGCUUGCAGGGAAAUAAAGGAGUGUUUUAUCACACGUUCAGGACAUGAAGAGGUGGAUGAGAUACGAUACGGAUUGUAAUGUUGAGCUUUGACGAUAAAUACAUACAGCAAGGCAGUAAAGCACUUAAAUAUAAUAAAUAAAAUAAAAAGCAUUUCACUUCAGCAGUAUUCAAUAAAACAAUAAAAAAUAAACGCAUGUUAAUGGUGUAGUGAGCCGACAUCCAAUUAGAUCCUUGUUACUAGGCAGAAUUCGUUCGAUCGUUUGAUUGGUCAAAAUGUUUUUGGCGAACAGGAUGGAAAUUGCAGUGAUAUUUCUCACCUGAAGGCAAUCAGUAAAAUGUUAAAGCUCCAAUUACUUUCCACUUGUUGCACUAAAUAGGGGCUUUUUUUUGUUCCAGUUUCCUCUUUAAUUUCAGGUGUUGAUACGAUGCUCUUGUUCAAUGUUUCCUGAUUUGAAUUAAAAAAAUAUGCUUUCA